UGGCGGCGGUCGGCCUGAGAGCAGGGAGCGGCGCGAGCGGCGCCAGAGCCGUGACCGACUGCUGCAGCGACGAGAGAAGAGGCGGCUCGAGGAGGACGGCCGCCGCCCGCCCGCCGGCGACAGGGACAGGCGGAGGUCCCGCUCGCCACGGGACCGGGACCGGCGCCGCCGCCGCGAUGACGACGAGGACAAGUUCAAGGGCAGUCUGUCGGAGGGCCUGGCUGGACAGAAGGAGGAGGAGGACAGUGAUGAGCUGCUGGACCUGGAGGUGGACGAGGAGGAGGACGAGGAGGCGCUGAUCGAGCGGCGUCGCCAGGAGCGUGAGCGGCUGCUGCGCAAGCUGGGCCACGCCACCGAGGACUCAGCCACCUCGUGGUCGCAGCCGGGCAGCCCGCCAGAGCUGCGCGUCCUGGAGAGCAUGGAGACGUCACCGCAGAGCGGCGCGGCCGCCGCCAGCGGGCCCGAGACAGAGGCAAACGGCGCGGAGGCGCCGGCCCGCGAGCGGCAGCCGAGCGAGUCGGAGCGGACGCGCGCCGAGGCGCUGGCGCGCCGCAAGAGCCGCGACGCGCCGACCAGCGCCACCGACAUCUUCGCCGAGGACUUCGCCAGCCCCAGCCUGGGUGACCAGCAGGUGACCCACUUCACGGACAACCCGCACCUGCGUGACAACUGGGACGACGCCGAGGGCUAUUACCGCGUCCGCAUCGGCGAACUGCUCGACGCCAGGUACGCCGUGUACGGCUACACCCGGCCAGGCGUCUUCUCCAACGUGGUGCGGGCCAGGGACCAGGCGCGCGGCAACCAGGAGGUGGCCGUCAAGAUCAUCAGGAACAACGAGAUCAUGCAUAAAACCGGCCUGAAGGAGCUGGAGACGCUGAAGAAGCUGAACGACGCCGACGCCGACGACCGCUACCACUGCCUGCGGCUGUUCCGCCACUUCUUCCCAAGUCUCACCUGUGCAUGGUGUUCGAGCCGCUGUCCAUGA